AAAAGGAGAGAGGAAAAAAAAGAAGAUGGCGCCUCACAUCCUCAGCAUCUUCAGUCUGCAACAGCUGCCUGAGGAGAGACAGACACCUUUCUGAACCUGGUGCGGAGUGCCACCGGGUGCAGCGGGGAGCCCGCUCUGUGAGCCCCGCUGCGGGACUCUCACUGAGUCCGAAAGGCAUUUUGGUGCUUUUCCUGCGCGCGCUGCGCCCCGUACUUUUGGCACUUUCUUCUUUCCAAUGGAGCAGGAGUGGAACUGAGAAAAGAAAACUUUCUUGAUACAGAAAACCGUGUCCACUCAGGGUCAUGGAGAGUGCCAGUGUUGAGCCUGUGCUUGCGGACAGCAGACCUGUUGACCAAUCCAUGGCGGAUACAGUUGCCCAGAACCGUAAAAGGCGUCAAGAACUGAUGCUCAAGCUAACGGAAGGACAGAACGUCUUGUGCUGUUGGACUGAUGGGCUCUAUUACCUUGGGAAGAUCAAGAGGGUGAGCGGUUCCAAACAGAGUUGCCUGAUGACCUUUGAAGACAACUCCAAAUACUGGGUGCUUUGGAAAGACAUCCAGCACGCUGGUCUCCCUGGUGAAGAGUCAAUGUGUAACAUCUGUAUGGAAAAGACAAAAUCCCCCAUGAAUGACAUACUGAUAUGCGGGAAAUGUGGACUUGGUUUUCACCAGCAAUGCCAUAUCCCAGCGGUGAGCAGCGAUGAGAGUUCCUUGGAUUCAUCUUGGUUUUGUCGGAGAUGCAUCUUUGCCCUGGCUGUACGGAAUGGUGGAGCCCUGAGGAAAGGCACCAUUGCGAAGACGCUGCAAAGGAUCAAGAUGGUGCUGUCCUAUAACCUGCAGGAGCUGGAAUGGGACUCCCUCCACAGAACCAAUCACCAGCAGUGUUACUGUUACUGUGGCGGCCCUGGCGAGUGGUACCUGAAGAUGCUGCAAUGUUACCGCUGCCAACAAUGGUUCCAUGAAGCCUGCACACAGUGCCUUAGCUGCCCAAUGAUGUAUGGAGACCGGUUUUAUGUUUUCUGCUGCGCAGUGUGCAACCAGGGCCCAGAGUACAUCAAACGUUUGUCUUUGAGAUGGGUGGAUCUCGUGCAUCUUGUACUCUACAACCUUGGUGUCCAAAGCAAAAAGAAAUACUUUGACUUUGAUGAAAUCUUGACCUUUGUCAAUCAGCGCUGGAACCUUCUGCAGCUUGGGAAGCUGAAGAACACUCCCGUGGCAGAGAGAGCCGAACACCUCCUUAACGCACUAAACAGCUACAAAAGCAGAUUUCUGAGUGGGAAAGAAAUCAAGAAGAAGAAGUGCAUUUUCCGACUGCGGGUCCGGGUCCCACCAAGCCCACCAGACAAACUCUUGCCAGGGAAGGUCCCAGGGCCGGCCGAUGCUAAACCUUCUGAGCCGAAGGAAACAGAGAAACCCAACUCCUCAAACCAAAGCAGUUCGACACCGCACAGUGUACAGAAGAAGAAGAAGAAGAAGGGGAAAAAGUCAAAGUUCCUCUUGGAUGAUGCGAUUCCCAGUACUGAUUUUGCCUCUGCUUGGAGCACAAACCAUCACCUGGCGAGCAUCUUUGACUUCAAUGUGGACGAAAUGCAGAGCUCGAAAAGCGGAAGCUCGAGCCAUAAUUUCUUUUCUGACGUGGAUACGGCCACGGAUGCUGCCAGUACUUCAGGUUCAGCCGCAACCAGUGUGUCCUAUGAAACAAGAAGGAACCUGGGCAGCCGGAAGCGUAAGAUGACAUGCAGAAGCUACACAACUAUUGAGACAAAGCAGAAAUGUGCGGAGGGCCCCCAGAAGGUCACACCUGGGUGCUCCUCAGAAGAAAGUGAGGCAACCGGGGGCCCAGAUCGCCCAGAGAACCCCACCCAGGGUCAUGCUUUCGGGAGCCUGAAUGAAGGCAACUCAUCGUCCUACCUCAGAUCAUCAAUCAACAACUAUUUUGGCGCUGCUGGCAGGAUGGUGUGUGGGGAGAAGUACAAAGUGUUAGCCCGUAGGGUGAACCUAGAUGGCAAAGUUGAGUACCUGAUAGAAUGGGAGGGCACCACCCCCUACUGAGUGUCUGGGGUGGUUUGCCCUUGAGAAAAUAAAGAGUUUGGGGAAAAUAAACUCAGAGGAGUCGUGCAAUCAGAUGUAAGCUAUGUUAUGCUUAUUUUGGGCACUCUGGGGUGGGGUUUGGGUAAUACUUUGAUGAGGCGCCUUCAAGUAGGCUUCGUUGAAAGAACGAUUUUUGUAAGCUACAGAUCAAAUGGAAUCAUGUUGCUUUGUAACACUGCUUCUCUACAAGGCUGAGGGAAGGAGUGAAUGGGUACAAACAAUGUAUUUUAUUUGUCGAAAGAAGGACAAUACCUGCCAUUUCCAGAAGGACUCUUCUCUUUCAAACGUGGCGACAGGCAGAGAGGGAAACUGAUGCUGCCAUUUUGGGAUGGGACGAAACUGUCCAGGUUGCUUAACCAAGCAGGGGUGGGUCCUUGUUCUUGGCAGGGAGGAUGAAGUGACAGAAAGAUUUAAGAAUGGGGGUGGGGGAAAGAUCCACCCUCCACCCACAGAAGGCAAGUUUGAUAAGUGGGCAGUGUCUCCCACUGGUGACCUGUUUCUUGCCAGUGCAAUGAUCAGCUGAUUGUUGGGGAAUUGCAUAACUCUGGGUGAUACUUUGCAAGCCCUGGCCAAUUAGCAUCAGUGCCCACAGAGCACAGUGCAUUGUAAAUACAGCUGAUUGGCGGUGCCUGCAAAAAAAGCUUUUAGCCCAGCCAUGCUUUUAACUGCCCUGCAUUUGAUGUUGGUUCAGGUUAGCUGGGCGCCAGCCAAAGCUGCUUUUAGGCUCCAGUGUCCCUUGAACCCGCUUAUCUAUGCUAUGCAUUUGAAACUGGUUCAAAACCAGUUUUGACAGCCAUAACUCUCCUCUGCCCAACUUUGCGGGUGGUAGUUCUGAGAGGCAGUGAGGGAAUCUUUGCUGAAGGUUCGUAGUCCCAUGCAGGACUUCUGUUCCUUAGUUGAGAGUUAAACUGGUUUAAACUUGUAGAGUUGAGGUGACAUUCAAUAAGAGAUUCGCUUAAAGCUUAUCUAACCCCUUGGCUGUGCUGAGGGGACUAACUGGGAUAUAUGGGAGAACAGGGUAUAGUUGGUCAGUGAUGACAGAGAAUCACAGAGCUGGCCAUCUAUUCCAACCCCCUGCAAUGCAGGAAUCUCAGCCUGUGAGGGCUGUUGUGUUGUGAACAGGGCUGGAUCUGAGGCCCUAAGCUACUGAAGGUAAUGGGGCCCUUUAUAUGUCCAGCUGUCCUUUGUCAACAACCUAUUGUCACUGU